AUGUUGCUACAACUACGAUCGACCAGAAUACCAACGAUCAUGCUCUGUGCAGUGUUUAUGCUGUCUCUGAUGGUUAUGGAACUAUACAGCGCUGAGGUCUAUGUAAUGUACGAACGAUUUCAGCAAAUCAGUCCAUCUGAUGUAUUAAACGCAGCCAAAUUGCGCAUUCGGAAAUUCAACCGAACACUGACUGUGUUUAAUGGAACCUUUGACUUGCUUCAAGAUUUGGAUGAUAACUACGCUUUCACGAUAUAUCUAUCUUAUAGUACGCUGGGGAACAAUCAAUUUAUCCGGUCGCCGUUCCGUUUACCGAUGCAGAAGGUGUGCACGUUUUUAAACACGACCUAUCGCGAUUAUCGAGAGUUUUAUCGUAAGAUGACCAACUUUCCGGACGUCGGGGCUUGUCCAAUGCCCAAACAGCAAUACUACAUUAGGAACAAAGUGUUGGAUUCUAAGAUUAUCAACAAUUACUUUCACCCAGGUCUGUGGAAAGUUGACAUUAUAAUACUGAGGGUAGUUGAUGAACAUCCCGUAUUCAGUGGGGAAGUACUGUUCAAAGUGUCACGAGAAGACAUUCUUUGA